AUGACUGUCACAGUUACCAUUGAAACGCUGCCGUUUCUCAAUGCAUCUUACUCAAAUACAUUCUCUUAUCCAAAUGAAACGUAUUAUCAAUUACCAUUUUGUAAUAUAUCAACAGACAUAAGAACUUCACCUCCGAAUUCCACAUCUCAUCGUGUUACUAUAAAUCACACUAUUUUUGAUUUUUCUGAUAUUGAACAAUCUCAUUUUCAUACUCACACAGCCGGUCACUGGUGGCCAACACAAUGUCAAUCAGAACAACGUUUAGCUGUAAUUGUUUGUUAUCGGCGACGACAACAACAUUUAAAAUUAUUUCUAAAUAAUAUUCAUCCGUUUCUACAGCGGCAACAGUUAGAUUAUACGUUAUUCGUUGUUAAUCAGCAUGGUACGAAUUUAUUUAAUCGUGCCGCAUUAUUUAACGUUGGAUAUAUCGAAGCAAUGAAAUUGUAUAACUACACAUGCUUUAUAUUUCAUGAUGUUGAUCUUCUACCGGAAGAUAAUAGAAAUUUAUACGAAUGUGGCACAAAACCUCGGCAUAUGUCGGUAGCUGUCGAUAAAUUUAAUUAUAAACUAUCCUAUGCAGCAUUAUUCGGUGGUGUUACAGCGUUUCAACAAGAAGACUUUCUUGCUGCAAGUGGCUAUCCCACGGUGUAUCAGGGUUGGGGCGGCGAGGACGACGAUAUGUAUAAUCGUGUUACUAAAAAAUUAAAAAAAAACAUUGUUCGUUAUCCUAUUGGCAUUGCACGAUAUAAAAUGAUUCGUAGUAUGGGACAUGUUGCUAGCAAACUGAAUCCCUAUCGUCAUAAAAUAUUAUAUUCAAAAUAUAAUUAUAGUUUAGAUGGUGUCAAAAAUACUGAGUAUAAAUUAAAUGAAUUAAAAUUUUAUAACUUGUUCAUUCUGGUUAAUGUGACGUUAAAUGAAUUGACAUGGGAUGAAAUUAAACGAAAAUUACGAAUUAAAGGUUGA